UAGAAUUAUCAUUAUAUCCGGUAUUAAUUAAUUUAAGCAAUGUAAUCGAACGGUGUAGAAUUAAUUGUUAUUUGCGUCAUAGUUAAUAGCGAACUAGUUCAAAGGAAAUGCUAAACGUAACGUCUGAUUGCUGUUUCUUGAGAACGCGAUGUUAUAAUUCACGUGACUCGAUUACGGUGUUAUCAAAUGCUAUAAAACAUCAUGGACUUUCAACUUUUCGUUUAACAGCAAUUCUCUCGUGUUAUCAUCUAGCCGAAAGUCAAGGAAAAGAGUGGAAGUAGGGAAAAUAAAUAAGCGUAAUAGUAAACGCAGUGAUCUCUUUAACUCGACAUCAGAAAGUCUCUCGUGCUCGUGAAGAACCACGCGCCAACUCGUUUCGUCGCACACCUACCUUGUCAGCUGUCACAGGAAAUUCAUUCACGUUGUAGCAUCGCUUCUCUCAUUCAAGAAGCUUCUAUCUAAAGAUAACGUUUGUGACAAUCAGAUAAAUAAAAACUUCCAAACAUGGUCGUCCCUACGGAACAUGCUCUUAACGAGGCGAUACAAGUAGCGCCGUUGGUACUUUCGGACGAUGUAAAGAGACAUAAAAUCGAAACAAGACUGGCACGGCUACGGUUUUCAGCCGCCACUGUAAGGAAGAUCCAGGAUGUUUUUGUGUCGGAAAUGAAUAAAGGAAUUCACCAGCAGCCGUCGUCACUGCAGAUGGAGAAUACCUAUGUCCCGGAACUUCUCGAUGGCACAGAGGAGGGCUUGUAUUUGGCGCUGGACCUUGGAGGCACGAAUUUCCGAGUGCUUCUUUUAGAAUUGCUUCAUGGUACACCUAUACGCGAAGAAGUGAAGAAAUAUCACAUUAGCUCUGAUUUGAGAGUAGGCUCGGGGAUUCGUCUGUUUGAUUACCUAGCAGAAUGCGUCAGUGAUUUCGUCAUUUCACAGGGUCUUCAGGAUGUAGAGCUUCCUCUUGGAUUUACGUUCUCUUUCCCAAUAAUUCAACAUUCGUUGGAUAUUGGAGUACUGGUGACUUGGACUAAAACCUUCAAUUGUCCCGACGUUGUUAACGAAGAUGCCGUGAAAUUGCUUCACGAAGCUUUGGAUCGUCGAGGAGAUACUAAAGUAAAAGUGGUGGCGAUUCUGAACGACACUACAGGAACAUUGGUGCAAGGAUCGACGUUAGAUCAUAAUACUGCAAUUGGACUUAUACUAGGAACCGGUAGCAAUGCCUGUUAUCUUGAACGAGCUGACAGAGUCGAACAUUGGGAAACUGAGAGACACGGAGAACGCGAAGUUAUUAUCGACAUUGAAUGGGGUGCAUUUGGAGAUAAUGGUGUCCUGGACUUCAUUAAAACAGAUUACGAUCGUGAAAAUGAUGCGAAUUCGCUUAUUGUAAAUUCAUUUACAUUCGAGAAGUAUAUUAGUGGAAAAUACUUAGGCGAGAUUGUGCGGGUAGUGCUCGCAAAAUUAACCAAAGAAGGCCUUCUAUUUAUAGGGGAUCACACGCCCGGAUCCCUUUUAGUCCCGGGCAAUCUCACAAGCGAUUUGGUAUCUGAUAUCGAACAAGACUCUGUGGACGGCGGUGAUAGCAGUACGAGGGAAAUUUUAAUGAAGUUUGGUAUCAUUCCGGACGAAGAGGACGUGAAAAUAGUACAAUACGUUUGCGAAGUGGUAUCUAAUCGUGCAGCUCUUCUCGUUUCGAUAUGCUUAGCAGUCUUGUUAAAACGAAUCGAUAAGAAGUGCGUCACAAUUGCUGUAGAUGGAUCUCUUUACAAACAUCAUCCUAGACUAGAGACAUGGAUAAAACGAUACAUUCCACUGUUAGCUCCUGAUCAUAAAUUCAAGAUGAUCCAUGCCGAGGACGGAAGCGGAAAAGGUGCUGCGUUGAUUGCUGCAAUCGCACAAAGACUUCAGAAAAGAUUAGAUUAGUACUAGCUAAAAGUUUUAAGUACGCUGGCAUAUAAGUUUCUUGUUAGUGGCGUAAGUAAUUUGCAUCGGAUCUCUAGUUAAACAAAUUGUUCAGAGUAUAGAAUAAUUUUAACAAUCAUGUACAGUCACAUUCCCUAUGUUAAUAAUCAUCAUUCACAUUUCUGAUCUUCCACGUUCAAAGGUUUUAUAUAUAUUUUUGUUUAUACCUUUGAAGCGAUAGUAUAUACAAAUUAUUGUACUGUUGUAAUAGAAAGCAUUCUGUUGUUACUUAUUUUGUAUCACAGAGUGAUAUUCGGAGGAAAAAGUUAGAUUUAUGCAUUGUAUAUUUUUACCAGAAAAAGAUUUAAAAAGCACGUUACUCAUAAAAGGAAUGUAACGCCGUUUUAUCACGCGUCAUCGAAUGUUUGUGUACUUCGCUUAGAAUUUACAUUUUACAGCGUUUUUGGGAACUACGUAUCUUCCUGAAUACUUAUGUUUAAAUACUUUAUUUUUCUUAUAUUGUUCAAAAUAUUCGUGAUGUUAUUUGUUAUUUGUUGUUAAUUGGGUUUCGUUUUAUUAUCGUUACGUAAGGUUAGUUCGAUCUUACUUGUUAAAGAUUUUUCUCGCAAUUUAAAAAAUGAAAAUAUGUGGUAUGUGUGAGGUGUAAUUGUGUAUCGUGAAGAAAAUGGUACACUCACGAUUGAUAUUGCGAAUAUUUCUUGAGUAUUGUGAGCAGUUUGUACUCCCAUCUUAAGAAUAUGAGACAAUUGUGAUAUGAACCACUGAACAAAGGUAUUGGAACAAAGUGAUAGGAGAGUUAAGUACAAAGUAAGAAAAAAAUCGCGUAAACAUUCUAGAACACAAAUGUUUGUAUAAAAUGUUAUAUCUUGUAAAUGAUUGCGGGGACGUCCGGUUUUUUGUACUAGCGGAACGAGAUUGUUAUAAUAAAUCUACAAAUGAAAAUCGA